AUGCUGGCCAGGACUGCUUUAACGAGAAAUACACGCCUGCUGAGGUUUGCUCCAAUCUUCCGCCAAAAUCGGCAUUACUCAAGUCGCUCGUCCUCCAAUGAUGGUGGUGAAGGGCAUGAUGCGGAAUUGAUAAAAAGAAUCAAAAUACCUCCAAUCAAGAGAACAGGCGAAACUUUGGACAAGAUGAGGUCACGGUUAAUCUAUCAAUCGCGCAAAAGAGGUAUCCUGGAGACAGACUUGCUUCUAUCCAGUUUUGCUGCCAAGAACCUGAAGAACAUGAGUAAAGAGCAGCUAGAAGAGUACGAUGAGCUGUUGAACGAAUUGGAUUGGGAUAUUUAUUACUGGGCGACUAGGAACUACAAAAUCAGUCCCAUUCCUGAUAAGUGGAGAAACUCCAAGCUGUUGAAAGAUCUACAAAACUUUAGCGAGAAUAAGGAAAAAAAAAUACUUCGAAUGCCGGAACUUGACAAGUACUGA